AUGUCGUGAAUAAGCUUAAAGCUCUUGCUAUGCGCUUAGAAGUAAGCACAGAUACGGGCGAUUCCGGAGUUCAUCAGCAGCUAAUAAGGGAAUCGUCAAAUUAUCUGUCAGCUAUCGAAACUACGGAUUUGAGCACAGCUGAUAAUUUCAGCAAAGAUGGCUUUGCGAAAGCCGAAGAAGUGUUGAAGAAAGUUGACGAAUUUGAGAGUCAGCUGAAGUUCUUGUUCAACCGGUCGACGGAUUUGUCUGAUAUAAUAGAAAAUUUUCAAAAGAACCUCUUUGAACUUUCAACUACUUUGAACAAGUCGUUAAGGCAUGUCGCUGACGCGAAUGAGACGUUGGAUCGAUUGGUCGAAGUGCCGUUUUACAGCACUUUGCCGGAAUUCGGUGUAUUACCAAUUGAGAAAACUCUGAACGAGGCAUCGCAGAUAGUUUUUAACGCGUCAAAGAUGUUGUCCAAUGCAGAAAAAACCGUUCAGGAAAUGCGAAUCAGUUUUGAUGCCAUAAACCAGACCGACUUUUCCCUAGAGAAUAGCACGACGUCAAUCAGCGAUGUCAUCGACGAGCUGCUUGAUGCAAAAUCUGCAUGCAGUGAGAGGGCCAAAUACCUGAUCGAGGAAGCUGAAAAACUGGAGGUGCAGCUAGCCGGUACACGAAUAACAGCAACCGAUGCGGUUUCCGCAGCGAACGCAUAUAAGUCAAUGAAAAAGGCGCUAGAGAGUGCAGAAAUAGCCGGCACGCGAAUGUUGGAGACGCAGCAUGCGCUGACCAGCACGACCAAUCUUUCGUCGAUCGCUGAAGACGUGCUUGAGUCGCGCAGAACGGCUGUCGGCUCUUUGCGUCAAGCUUCUGAUAUACGAAGAAACAUAACUAACGACUUGCGCAACAGUCUACGAGCCGGCAUUGCGGACAUUAAUACGCAGGAUUCCUUCUUAAGCGAGUCACAGUUGGUUGUCAAGAAUUUCUUCGACCGCGUCGACGAUUUGGAAAGCCGCGUUUUGCAGGUGAAAGUUGGCGCCAAUUUCUUCAACAAUAGCAGCUUGCAUCUUCGUAAUCCUGAUAAUAUCAAUCGAAUUGCUACUCAGUCCCUUAUAUCGCUUUUCUUUAACACGGAAGAGCCAAACGGGUUGUUAUUCUUUGUUGGUAACGAAAAAGGAACCGCCUCAAAGUUGAAGGCGCUUCCAAGCGAUGACUACCUCGCGCUCGAAGUCAACGAGGGAAAAGUUAAGCUUAUUUAUGAUCUUGGCACUGGCGAAACGAUUGUAUUUGGAAGCCAAUUCGUGGCUGACAGUCGGUGGCAUCAAGUUACUGUCGAAAGAAUAGGCAAAUUGGCUACCUUGACCAUUACCACCGAAGGCCAAAAGGAUGAUAAAACAGAAGUGUUCAGCAGGGGAUCUACCUCGAUCUUGAACUUAAUUCAAAAUGCUAGUAAGAUUUUUGUUGGCGGCGUGCCAUCGUCCGUUCAGUUACCAGAUGGAGUGUCAAACCGACACUUUGUGGGGAAGAUAGAAGAUUUAAUUUUCCACGGUGAAUAUCGAGCCUUGUGGAACUUCGAGCUCGAUGGCUUGAAAAACGUUAAAGGAGCAAGGGAACGCGACGAGCUGAAAACUGUAUCCGCGACGUCAGGCGUGAGUCUGACGGGUAACGGUUACAUUAUUAUGAAGCGCGACCUGUGGAAUCCUAGGGAAGAAACUACCGUUGUGUUACACUUCAAGACUUUCUCUUCGACUGGUCUCAUUUUCUUCAUCGGCAAAGACCGAGACUAUUUCGCUAUUGAACUGAAAAACGGACAAGUGCGACUUCAUUUCAAUCUCGGCUCCGGUGCGGCCGUUCUGGUUACUCCUCGACGCUACAAUGAUGGUGCUGUUCACCGAGUUCUCGCUCAGCGAACUUCGAAGGAAGCGAAACUCAUUGUCGACAUGUGGGAAACGAUUGAAGGUAUGUCCCCUGGUGACAUGGCACACCUAGACGUCACUGACGAGUACUACGUGGGCGGAUUGCCAAAUAUACCGGCUUUCGAGAAUGUUCCGGUGAUACGACAGGGCUUUUAUGGCUGUAUUGACCGAAUGCAGAUAAAUGGAAACGCCGUGAACUUGAACAAAAACGUAAAAGCUGUUUUCGUUGAGCAGAAUUGUCCUGAUAAGCCCAAACGAGUCGUUUCGUUCGACCGUCCGGGUGGAUCUGUAAAGUUCACUGGCAUCGGUUUGAACCUUGAAGUUGAAGUGACGUUCAAGUUCAGGACAAACCUUAAGAACACGUGGUUGUUGUUGAUUAAUGACGAUAACGCUAGCGAAUUCAGCAGGGCUGUGUCCAUGGUGCAAAUUUCGAACAAAGACUUCGGCGACGGUUUGUGGCAUUACGUCACCGGCAGCAAACACGAACACUUAAUGAAACUGGACGUAGACGACGCCUAUAGCGAAUCAGUCGAGCUUAAUUCUCUCAUGUUAUACGCACAGACAGAGGGAACAAUGCACUUUGGAUCGGUGCCCGCCACCGAUUCGAGUCUACUUGGAUUGUCAUCGUUUGUAGGCUGCAUAGGAGACGUCACCUACAAUGGAAGGUUGUUGAAUUUCGCAGAUGCCGCUCGAUACGGCGAAUACGUGUCGUUUGACGGCUGUUCCGAUGAUCUUUUCCCAGCGGCUAUCACCGAUGAAACAUCUGCUGACCUGUUACCCGAUGAACAGGUACAGCCAACUACCCACAGCAGUAUGAUGUUCACAACUGUCGGUAGGCACUCUUUCGUUAUUAAACCUUUCUUUGUCUGCCUUAUUAGUAAGAAAAUCUUGAAUCUUCGCCAUAACCUUGAGGUUUGCUCUCUUACAGCAAUUUAGCA